GUAUGCGGAUCUCCAGGGUGCUGAUCGCAUAAUCGAACCAUGUGGUAGCUGCUGUACACUGGUCGCCCGUGAGUAUCUCUCUACUGCAUCUAGAGAACUAGAUUCUUCCCUGUGCGGGAUGCUCCUUGGGGUCAUUCUCCUCGACACUGUGAAUAUGAGCUCUGAGGCGGGGAAA